ACAGUACUCAGUAGCUUUUUUGUUUGUUUGAAUAGUGUUGAUGAUUUGCUUCCGAAUCGGAACAACAAAAUCAUGUUUGCAGAUACUGUCAAGUCUGAUGGGUUUUCAGUUAAUUUUGUAUGCAAUAAAAGAACAACAAAAGAUACUUUUUUAGCAGCAAACAUUGAUUUAAAGCUCGAAGAUUUUGACUUGGAAGAAGUAAAGCAAACUUACCAGCCCAUGUUUCUAGAUCCUGGGAGAAAAGGCGCGUUCACUGCUGCAAUUGGUUUAAAUACAACCAACCAUCAAAUAAGACGCUGUUCAACAGCAGAGUAUUAUCACAUGACCGGAUUGGCAAAGUACACUAAACAGCUAGAAAAGCUUAAGGCUCAAAAGGCAUAA